AUGCUUCUCGCCACCCUCCUCUUCUCCCUAAUCCCCCAAAUCAUCCCCGAACAAGUUCCACCAUUUCUAACCCAUCACGAGGCCCAAUACGUGGCCUUCACUCUGAUCCGGGCCAUUGUUUCCGAAGGUCCCACCGUCGAGAAACUUGGUCGAGUCUUCAAAGAUCCAUUUUUGGUCGCCGGACUUCCGACAAAGGUGGAGGAAUUUGUGGAAUAUACUAAAGCAAAAAAUCAAUUUCGCAAACAACAUCAGAACGUCAGUGAUGAAUUGAUUCGACAAAGAUCAGAAGAAGAUCUAGAACUCUUCGAAGAUCGAAAAGCGAUUCUAUACUACCGUACCAAGCAACAUAAUCCCCAGAAAUUCGAAAAAGUUUACAAUGAGCAAGACAAAGCUUCCUUCGAAAAUUGGGCCAAACAACAUUCUUCCAAAACUUUGAUGCUGAAUUCGGAGAACAAACAAUUCUUGAGCGAGAAUUUUCAUGAAAUUGAGAGGAAUUUCGGAUCUUUCAAUUUCACCUUCAGAUUCCUGGAAUAUUCCGAUGUUUAUAAGGUUGUAGAAUUCGAGAAAAGUUUUUAUAUCGAAGAAAUUCGAUAUGCAAAGGAUGAUAAUGAAAAGUUUCUUUAG